ACCUAAUUAGGGUUUCAGAACGAAAUUGAGCUAACUAACGAAAUGGAAGCACUGGUUUGCAGGAAGCUCGGAGAUCCAACGACAUCGGCGCCCAGCGAUGAGAAUUCUCCAGUAGUACUGAGUAAAAACCAUCCGAUUCCACCGUUGAAUUCUCCGACGUCGGUCAGAGUUCAGAUUAAAGCUACAAGUUUGAAUUACGCUAAUUACCUUCAGAUUCUAGGAAAAUACCAAGAGAAACUUCCUCUUCCUUUUAUCCCUGGUUCUGAUUACUCUGGAAUCGUCGUUGCUGUUGGUUCCAAGGUUUCCAAGUUCAAAGUCGGAGAUCGCGUUUGCUCCUUCGCUGGCGACGGUUCUUUUGCUCAAUUCAUCGUUGCCGAUGAGUCGCGACUAUUUCGAGUACCUGAUGGAUGCGAUCUGGUGGCCGCCGGCGCACUUCCGGUUGCGUUCGGGACCUCGCAUGUUGCUCUUGUACAUAGAGCCAAGUUGGCUCCGGGGCAGGUACUGUUGAUUCUUGGGGCAGCUGGAGGCGUCGGGCUAUCUGCUGUUCAAAUUGGGAAGAUCUGUGGUGCAAUUGUUAUUGCUGUUGCUAGGGGAGCUAAAAAGGUCGAGUAUCUCCAGUCCUUGGGAGUUGACCAUGUAGUAGACUUGAACCAUCAAAAUGUCAUUGAAAGUGUUAAGGCCUUCCUCAAGGAAAAAAAACUUAAAGGGGUUGAUGUUUUGUAUGAUCCGGUUGGAGGAAAGUUGACAAAAGAUUCAAUAAAACUUCUAAAUUGGAGUGCAAACAUUCUUGUGAUCGGGUUCGCCAGCGGGGAGAUCCCUGUUAUUCCCACGAAUAUUGCUCUUGUUAAGAACUGGACAGUUCAUGGACUUUAUUGGGGCAGCUAUAGUAUACAUAGACCUCAAAUUCUUGAAGAGUCUAUGAAUCAGCUAUUAUCCUGGUUAUCAACCGGGUUGAUCCGUGUUUAUAUUUCUCACAUUUAUAGCCCAGUAGAGGCCAACCUUGCCUUUUACGCCAUAAAGAACAGAGAAGCUGUUGGAAAAGUGGUGCUGGUUUUUGAAGACAAGACUGUGAAAUCGAAGCUGUAACUUAGCCGGGGAUUCGAUAUGGAUGUGGUGAAGAAAUAAUAGCUAUACAGGAGUACCAAGAUUUGAAUUUUUUAUUUUGAAGAAAUAAAUGAAUGUCAAUUUCCGGUUUGUUAUGUUCAUAAUUCUAUUACCACAAAUUGGAUAUAAUGUUCUAUGAUAUAUAUGUGUUCUCUUUUGGCAGUUCCUCUUCCCAUGGCCUUGGACAGGUUUUGUAUCUUGUGAAAGAAAAAUUACUAAGAUAUAUUGAUAAUGAUACUAUGGCUAUAAUAAAUUUGGUCGUUUGGUCGUGCAA